UUGAAAAGCGACGAAUUUGCUUCACACUCCAUACUUUUGUUGGCUUCUGCUAUUUCCGACCAGCUGAAUUCUUUUGAAGAGUAUUCAAUGCUAUCGGUUACUCUCAUGGAGAAACUCCUUCAGGCACUGUUCAACACGAAGUCUCCUUUGCCAAAACACCUUUUACCUGCGUACACAGCAAGCAUUUCUACCUGUCUGACUCCGGAUCUCUUCAAAAGUUUGGUCAUACCAUCCGUGCAUCGUGCUAUCUUGCGGUCUGCUGAGGCGAAUAUGGUUGGUGUGGAUGCCAUCGUGAAUAUGCUCUCAUUUGAUCUUGACUACUGUGCCGUCGACUUGAUACAGCCGAUUGUGAAACACCUCUACGCGCUGUCCGAUCCGGUCAGAAGAUCAACAGUUGCCGUACUAACGGGCGUUGUAUCCCGUUGCUCUGAACCGGACACUGUUACUAGUCUUUUGAAGUUGACCUAUGCGCAAAUUACUGGCCCAGAGGGGAAAAAGGCUGGUCAAGAGGCACGACUUGCUGGACUUACCUGUUUGGGUGAAAUGUCCCGCCACGGUGCCAAGCGCACAGCUGCGUCGGAUAAAAUUGGUCACGCUGCGGUUUGUCUAUUCAUGGAUAUCAUGGAACAGGAAUUGAACAUCGGUGACCGUCUACCCAGUGCUUUCCCGGCCAAUCUUCUCACCUCUGUGCAGCGGGCCAUAGGCCAGCCAAACCACUCCCCUUUGGUGUUCGAAUCAGUCUGCGCAUCGUUGAUUUGGAUACGACACUUUGUCGCUAAAUCGAAGACCAUAGAUUCGGAACUCGUCAAGACACAACUAGGUUCAAGUCCCAUCUGGACUCUGCUAGUGGCUUCUGGAUCCUCCUCGAAACGAAGACCGUGGUUUAGUGAGCGGUUUCUUCAAACUGCACCAGAAUUUGUGCGACAACCCGCACUCAGUUGCAUAAAGGAUCUUCUGCGAGACGUCUCUGAGGAGUACCGCCUAGAGUAUUCCACCUACCUAUUGGGAGAUGUGGCUUGCUUCCUGUUGGAAAGUGACGAUGAUACUAGGGUCGUAAAAGUUCAGUCCGAAAGUUCAAAACUCCAGAAGGCAUCUGAGACAUCGACUACGGUUUCGCCUUUUGACAACGUGGGUCCUCGCGUUUGGAAUGAGUUGACAUGUGAGCCGGAGUCAGAACCUCCUGGAUUGUGCAACGGUAGACAGCGUUCUCGUUGCCUCGGGUCGUAUGUCGCAAAACUUAUCUGUGACAUUGUGAUGCCCUCUGCGCUGCUGUCGGGUAGAGUACAGUCAGUUGACUUCAAGACGUCAGUCAAUGGACCCAAAGAGCAAAAGUCGAAGUGGACGUAUGAGGUUCCAGAAACAGUUCGUCACGCCCUGGAUAUUUAUCUUUCCAGCCUCGUUGCAUGUAGUCAUGACACUGUCGUUCACCGACUUGGACUGAUUUCUUUUACCUAUUUUGCCACAGCCACUUCUGACCCGUCACUCUGGGAACGCCUUCGACAUCGUAUUGGUCUACCCGAUCUGUGGGAUGAUUCUGAUUGGAUUCCACUACUCGGCGCCGACUACUUGCGCACCAAGUGGACGGGACUCGUGGAUUAUUUCAUGAAUAUCGGUUGUCUUGAUCAUACUCACACUCGCGCUCUUCAACGCCUGGUCAACUGGUCCCCAUCAGGAUUUGGUCGGGUGCUUUUCGAUGUUCUCUUCAAAAAGCUAUCCGAUCCUUCGCUUAUUUCGGCAUCUGUACAUGAAGUCAAUAUCAUGAUGACCCCAGAAACACAGUUGUACAACCAAGAACUCCUAGAAAGGCUGGUGGUCUGUUCGAGUCCUCGGCCCUGCCCGUUUGUUGAUAUUUUGUUGCCCACUCUUGAUGGGAUGGGAAUGCGCUUACGAAAUGCUCACAAGAAUGUGCUGAUGUCGGCCAUGCGGGAUGCAACCAACUUGUUAACACAUUGGUCUGAAGAACCAAUUGUAGCACAAACCACUCGGAUUCUCACUUUCCUGCGUUCCAAGCGUAGUAUCAACGGCACAGUGCUUUGGAGUUUCCUAUGUCCGAACCAGGAGUUUCUGCUCCUGGCCUCCGGAUGGGCUCGCCCUCUCUUCGAAGAACUUGUUGAUUUGUCUUUCCCCGCGCUCAUGAGUGAUGAUCCUGGUCAGGACUCAUGUGUCGCUUCGCAUGCCAUCAUUCCUCUGAGUGUUCGGAAGCAGUGGAGUUGGAUCACAUCUGAACACGUGUGUGAUAUGCUAGCAAUUUGGCAACAUCAACUUCACGACCCGAUCGAUGGCUGUUUGGCUUCAGAAACCCUAUCCUGGGAUCGUUUGAUGCAUGUCCUACCGUUUUCAAAACUAUUCCGUCUCCUCCGUCAAGUGGUUGAAGGAAGUAUAACAGAUCUGGACGCCUAUGCAGUUAGUGCCGAUCAACACUUACUAUCCAACAAAGAUGAAGAAUCAGAAUCGACAGAUGUCAUGGCUGACAUUAGUGAUGAAGACCACUUAAAUCAUUCUAAAGCCCUGGCACAGGUCGCCAUGGAUAUAAUGCGUUCUGCUACAAAUCUAUUGUCACAGGAGUUGUCCGUUUCUGAUACUCUGGAUUCUGGAAUUCGUCAAUUGGCGAAUUCUGUUCUGAAUUCACUGUUGACUGGAACAGUUGCUGAGACCCCGCAGGCGAGGGAAAUAUGUCUUAGUUGUAUUUUGAUUCUAACGGAGAAGAUUCCCUCAUUCGUGGAAAAAGCUGACUUGGACGACAAGGCAGUAUGGGCUGAGGGCUGUGGUUUAACAUCCAUUCCUUCUGUACCAACAAAUGACAAGGAGGUGGAUCAUGACCAUGAAUGUGAAGAUUUAGAUGACUCGGAACCACAGGGUAAUGAUCCCGCGAAGCCCCGGAAGAAGCUUAAUAAAAAUCAACGACGAAAACAUAAGCAGGCACAAAUGGUUGCCGAUUUGGCCAAAGCUCAAGGUGGAGCACAAGUUGAACAGCCUUACGAAAGCCCUGCGCUUUGGCCUGUUCUUCCCUUGUGGCAAAAACUGCAGGUCCGUGUUUGGGUUGCGCGAAGCGAUGCAUCAGCAGAAGUGGCGUCCUUAGCUGAAAGACUGUGGGUAUCGUUGGGUCUGCAUGAGUCGUGCGAGCAACCGUGCACUCCGGAGGAGCAGCACUCUCAUGGAAUGCUUCCUCUUCUGGAUACACCAAAAGAUCCUCUCUUGUUGAAACCCAUGCUGCUCGCUCAGCGUCUCUUGUUGGAAACUACUCGUCCCAUUGCCCCAGUUCAGAAAGCAACUGCUGAUGCUUUUGCCUUAUGUCUGAUGCGUCGAACGCCAGAUGAGAUUGCCGUGUCUCUGGAACAGUUGAUUAGACUGUACAAAGUUAUGCUCUACCGUGAACCGGCUGUCAGAGACAAUAUUGGUCGCAUUCUGGUCCCUGAGUCCGCUGACAGAUGGCGUGAGCGUGUUGGACUGGCGUUCGCUCUCACACGCUUACCUGAAGCGCUCAAUCCAUCUGAUGUAGCUCACCGUUCUUUGCGUCCCGGUCUCCUGGUUGGAGAACUUGAUCAGGUGGACGGAGAUCAGGCUACGGCGAGUGUGGAAAAGCCCUCGGGCGAAGGGGAGAAGGCUAGUCGAACCGACACUUGGCUGAUUAACAUGUUCCGAUUCUUAGUACCGGACGGACUGAACGAUCGUCACCCAGCUGUACAGUCGGUUAUGCUCAAAGCGGGACUACGAGCUGUUGCUGUCUACGGAAAAGCCCAUCUUGAUCGUCUACUACCCAUUCUGGAGACGUUCCUCAACAAAGCACCCAAUGUUGCAGAAUUGGACGCAGUUCGUCAGUCUGUAUUGAUUUUAACUGGCUCACUCUCUCAGCAUCUGUCCGCCGAUGACCCUAGGGUGUGGAAUAUUUUCAAUCGUUUGCUUGGAACUCUCAAUUUUCCUUCAGACGUGGUGCAACAGGCCGUUGAAGACUGUCUGGCUUCGCUGGUGACCAAGUUGUCAGAAGAGCAGAAAACCAAAACAGUCACACGCCUAAUGUCGACGCUGUUAGGAGCUUCAAGCUACGCAGAACGACACGGUGCCGCUCAUGGAAUCGCUGGUGUGGCUCGUGGUCUGGGAAUUUUAUCGCUAAAACAUUAUGGUAUCAUUGAUAAAUUGAUACCUGCAUUGGAGGAUACGAAAUCAGCAAAGCAUCGUGAAGGCGCUCUUCUGGCCGUGGAACGUCUUUGCCUGGGGAUGGGCCGUUUGUUUGAACCAUACAUUUUUCGGUUGAUUUCCGGUUUACUUACUGCUUUCGGCGAUUCUAGCCCCAGUGUGCGCGAAGCGGCAUCUGGCACUGCACGAGCCAUCAUGAGCAAGCUCAGUGCCCAUGGAGUGAGGCUGAUUCUACCUGCGUUACUUCGAGCUAUUGACGAACAACAGUCUUGGAGAACGAAAGCACAGUCGGUUGAACUCCUGGCCACUAUGACUCAUUGCGCUCCGAAACAGCUUUCUGCCUGUUUACCUCAAAUCGUGCCUCGUCUGCUUGAUGUGUUGGUUGAUUCGCAAGACCAGCUGAAACAGGCGGGAGUGCGGGCUUUAAAGCAAAUUGGAAAUGUGAUUCGGAACCCGGAGGUUCAAGAGACGUCCUCUGUAGACCGUUCAGGUGCGGCACAAGGCUUGGCAGAAGUUCUCGGAGCAAUGGGUAUUGAACGCCUUCGUUCGAUUCUGCCUGAUUUCAUUCGCACUGCAGCAUCGGAUUCCAAGGUUGCUCCACACGUGCGCGAUGGAUACCUGAUGCUGUUUGUCUAUUUACCUACAGUUUUCAGGGAUUCGUUCGCUGAAUUUAUCGGACCAAUCAUACCAACGAUUUUGAAUUCCUUGUCUGACGAGACCGAAUUUCUACGAGAAACGGCUUUGCGUGCUGCCCAAAGGAUCGUACAAAUGUUUGCGGAAACGUCUGUAGAAUUGCUGCUCCCAGAACUUGAGAGGGGCAUCGCCGACCCGAACUGGCGCAUCAGACAUGCUUCAGUCAAAUUACUUGGAGAUCUUUUGUAUCAGCUCUCCGGUCUUUCAGGCAAAGGGACAACUAAGACUGAGGAUGAGGACGACACUUUCGGAACUUCUGCAGCUCAUGAGCGCCUCAGUGCGAUCAUGGGCUCCGAACGCCACGAUCGGGUCCUGGCCAGGCUGCACAUGGUUCGUUCGGAUCCGUCCCUGUUUGUACGCCAGGUUGCUGUACAUGUUUGGAAGGUUGUUGUUCCCAACACGUCGCGUACACUGCGUGAAAUCAUGCCGGUUUUGAUACGCCUGAUUCUAGACACUUUGGGUACUUCUAACCGUGAGCAGCAACAAUUGUUUAACUACACAGACAGUCUGCUGAUUCCUAUUCGCCGCACACUCUGUGACGAACUCCCCGAAGUACGUCGUUCUGGUGCACGUACAUUUGAAAUUCUCUACGGUGCGUUGGGUGUUCGAUGCUUGGAUGGUGUCCUUCCAGACAUCCUGGCGCAGCUCGAUGAUCCGAAGACAAGUCCUUAUGCACUGGACGGCCUUCGACAACUGCUUGUUGUCAAGGGUAAGGCGGUCAUGCCUUAUUUGGUUCCAAAACUCAUCUACCCGACUGUCAAUGCCAAAGCUUUUGCCUAUCUAGCCACUGUGGCUGGCGAUGCGUUGAGUCGCCAGUUGAAUCGCAUCCUACCCGCGCUGUUGACCACGGUGGCGCAGGCAGAUUGUAAUCCAGAUCAUGAAGAGGUAUACGAAAAAGAAGUUGUUUCUUUCUUGUUUAUCUUUUCUUCAUUAUUCUUUGACUUAAAGGACGUGACGCACUGCGCAGAGGUGCUUAUCUGUAUCUACGAUCUAGCUGGUGUGCGAUACAUCUUCAAUACGUUGCUUAGUGGCCUCGUUGUUGGUUCAUCAUCCACAUCCACUACUACCGGAGGCUCAGCUCCUACAGUUACCCCGAACCAGGUUACUGCUGGCACCCCGGCUUACAGGACAGCAUGCUUACGGUUGUUGAAUGCUUAUUUGAAUGUGAGCUUCGAAGAGGCGGAAGUAGAAGCCGUUCCGAUGGCCACCACUCUGGGGCAGACGAUCGGUUCUACCCAAGCUGGUGCCAGACACAGCGAGGAUACCGAUGAGGAGGAUGAAAGCGACGAAGAAGAUGAGGAUUUUGAUGAGGAUGAGGAUGGUGAAGAUGAGGAUGAAGACGAAGACAGCGAUGAUAUGGAUACGGACUCGAAUCUUGACGAAGGUGCCGAUGAAGACAUCCCAGACUCGAAAGAAUCUGUGAGCAAGGUUUUACGUGAAUUUUACCCAUUGGCUCUAAGAAACAUCUGCCGGUUGCUUGCCCUCCAUGACACUCCGACGCUCUCCCGCAGUUGGGACUGUUUGGAAGCGCUCUUCAAGUGUGUUCGUCAGAGGAAGGAACUAAUGCACACAAGCCAUAAUUACUAUUACAUCAUUAUUGAUGUAACCGUGAUUUUGUCUUUGUGCAUGGUCAACGGUCUUUUUGGGGGAUCAUUUGGAAUCAUCAAACUCUCCCGAAUAUCCCAAAUGACGCAAUCGCUCAAUUUAUCCAGGACUUCCAAAGGAAAAUCUGGUGAGGACGCAUUCCUUCCAGGGUUCUCCGAUCCCAACCUUCCUCUUGCAAGCCUUGUCAAACUUUACGCUGACUGCACACUCCGAGGGCAGCCGGAUGUGAAGGAGCCGGCUGCGCAGGCACUUUCUGAGUGUAUCACCCACGCGAGCGGGUCCGCUUUGCAGCGGUGUGUGGUCAAAGUACUCGGACCACUUAUCCGACUGUUGGGAGAGCGUCAAACGAACGUAGUUAGGAUGGCUGUGGUCGAAUCACUGACCUCGCUUAUCACCAAGUGCUCGCAAUCUGCCCGCCCAUUCGUAACGCAGUUGCAAGCUACCUUCUUGAAGUGUCUUGGUGAUUCACACCGUCCUAUGCGAUUGCUUGGAUGUCAUGGUCUGGCAUCGGUUGCUGCAAUCACUCCCAAGUUAGAUCCCUUGCUAAUGGACUUGGCACGAGUUCCGGCUCAUACGGUAUUGAGUAACUGGCCAGGUGAACGUAUCCCAGGUAUCACGAAACCCGACAGCACCCUACCUAGCGUUGGAGCUGCGGCCACUGCUCUUACGCUGACUGGGAUCGCCACCUAUCCGGAAACAAGUCUCCAUGCUCUGCGCUUAUGUCUACUUGGUUCUCGUGGCCGGGCCACAAUGGACGCCUUGAAUUCGGUAGUAUGUUCGCUUGCUCCACUCAUGUUCUUGCAAGAUACUGGCUCCAAGCAACAGCAGGUUGAAGAUGUGGCUUUCGGAGACACCGAGGAAGACGAAGAGGAUGAUAUAAAUCUCAGGGGAGUUGGUGGACAAUCAAAGAAAAUAAAUCCCGUUAUUUUGGCAGAUGCUAUCCGCGUGGUAGCUUCCGUUUGUAUUGGUUUUCCGUUGCCGCAGCCCNACGCGCCUGCGAACGCGGAGACGGUAGAAGAUGCUAUGUUGCAGCCGGUGCGUCUAUUGGAACAAUAUCUAUUUCCGAAGACUACAAUCAAAGCACAUGAACAUUGGACAUUUCAACAAAGCCAGGCUCUCAUCCUACUGACCGCACUAAAACAUGCCCCUGGAGCCGUAAUCAACGCACAAACAUUGCUCACCCCAGUCGUCUCGCGUCUGGAACGAUUGCUGAGUAAUUUAUGCUCCGCUGAUAAAACAAUUGUAUGCCAACUUGGUCUCCGAGCCGUGGGCUGUUUCGUUGGACAUGUCGUAGAGACUUCAGACGUCAAGUACGACUUGAACGGACCGUUGCAGCUCCUAAACAAGGGCCUCAUGCACGAUCUUGUGGAUAUUCGGUCUUUGACUACCACAGUGACAAGCCACAUUGCUUGGCGGUCCCAUUUGUCGGACAAUGAUCCAGUGCCGUCGUGGCUUCCCCCGUUCCUGGCCGUGUUGAUGAACGCUAUGCGCGAUAAAGCAAGUGGCGUCCGAGUAGGGGGUGAGACUGCGCUGGUCGUUCUUUGUCGGAUAGGAGCCCCCAAGGAAUCCCAAUUGUCCGCGUCACUCGUCCGUUUCAGCUGGCCAUCUGCCACCUCCACUCCAGAAACCUGGCCUUCAACAGAAAGGUGGACCGUAAAUAUGGAGCCGCCUUCAGUCUCAGAAGUGUCCGAAUGCAUUUCUCUACUCAAGCUUCAUCAUGCUGCUGGUCCUGAUGACCUUCCACCUGCUCUCUUCAAGGAUGGUGGUGGAUUCCUCAGCCAGUGCCUGUCUAGCCUAUUCGGGUGUAUCUGGGAGAAGGAGACCGUCCCAGACAACAGGGGUAAAUCGAUAGUGGUACCCAUUUUCAAAAAGGGUACCUGCGGUGAAUGUAGCAACCACAGAGUUGUGAGCUUGACGCCUGUUGUGACAAGGUUUCUGGCGUCAUUGAUUCUUCGUCGUCUCAUGGCGGCACGCGAAGUCUUGACUCGUGAGAACCAAGCGGGAUUUCGACCAGGUAGAGGCUGCGUUGACCACAUCUUCACACUCCGUCAGGUGUUAGAGCAACACCACAUGUACAGACCACCCACAAUCCUGGUAUUCCUUGACUUCAAGGGUGCGUUCGAUUCUGUUGAUUGA